AGAAUGAUGAAAGUAGAGUGUGUGUGAAUUGUGCAGUCGAUCGGAGUACCGUCCUGUGAUGUCUGCGAAGAAAAUUCCAUUAUUUGCCAAGUGGUAAGCAUUUUCCGUGAUCAUACUGGGGUUGUAAUGAUAGUUCGAAAACUGGAGAAGUGUUUCCCGUAUCGAGCUGGUCCAGAUCGAAUGGCUAGUACGACGAAAAAUGGCAGGAAUUUGCUGAGUACUCUAGAAUCUAGGAUGAAUUUUGCUUGGUGCUGAAGGUAUAAAUUUUGCAGCAGUAAAGUCCUGUGAGAGCGACGGAGGGUUCGCGAGAGAACCAGAGAAAGAGCGAGAGAGGAAAGUCGGCGUGCGAUUUGAAGGGACGAACAAGACAAAAAUAACUGGAGAAGUGUGUUUGUUUAGUGCAUUCUGAAUAAAUACUUGACAGUCCUUCAGUUAGUACCCUCUAGAAGUAAAGCAGAUAAUUGUUUGCAAACAGGAAGAUUUUGACGGUCUAAAGGAUCUAAGUAAGAGGAUUUCUGUGAUAGUGUCCUGCCAGUAUGAUCGAUGAAAUCAUCGAUAGGAUCAUGCAGUUUUUCGCCACAGGAUUGGUGGAAAAAAUCAUCAAAGCGAUAUUGGUCUUAUGUGACCGCAUCGUAAACUUUAUCUUAUCACUAUGUGAGGGAAAUAACUACAAGAAAAAGGACGAAACGGUGGAUGUGUUGUACAGCAGUGGGAACUUUCUCGUGAUAAACAAAAAGCAUGAUUUACUCAUCAAUUCAAACGAUACAAAAAAGAAAACUGUUCAAACGAUCAUGCGGAAGCAAUUUCCAGAGUACGUGCAGGACAAUCUAACACACGACUUCUAUUUCGCCCAUCGGCUGGAUUUUGCUACGAGCGGGAUACUGUGCAUUCCACUGAACAAAAAUGCAUGUAAAGAAGUUUGUCAGGUGUUUGAGGAGCAGCGAGCUAGAAAGUAUUACCUGGCCUUGCUGCGGGGUCACACCGACUUUGAUGAAGAAGUCAUCGAUAUUGCGAUUGGUGAGGACAUUCGCUUCAAGGACACCAGCAAAAAGAUGUGCACCAUUCUGGAGGAUGAGCUGUGCCAAAACCCGCGCCGGAGCAUCACCAAAGUGCUUGUGCUUGACCGGGGCUACUACAAUGGGAAACCAGUUACCAAAGUGCUCUUGCGACCAAUCACUGGCCGGCGGCACCAGCUGCGGCUCCACUGCUCCCAGAUCGGACACGUGGUUGUGGGAGACUACACGUACAGUCUGAAAAUCGACACUUCACCACCACGAAUGUUCCUGCACGCGUUCCGUCUAGUGCUGCCCAAUUCGUACGAGAACAUCGACAUCCAAACCGAUGAUCCGUUCACGGAGAAGGCACUCAAGUACAAGUGGAAGGUGGCCGAACAGGUGAACGGCAUUGGGAACGCAUUCGAUCUGAUAGAUUCUUUUUAACAUUUGUGGGAACCAUGUAGUUACCUGCGUAGAACACACACGUUUUCGUUUCGGCUGGAGCAGUUUCGUCGGCGUUUAAAUGUAAAUAUUCGAUCGUUUUCGCGAAUUUACUCGCUCUAGGUAUUCUUGUCCUCUUCGCUUUCGCCCCAGCCCUGCGAUUGAAGGGGACAACUCCGUUUUUUCUAAAAUCUGCGCUAAUUUACAAUAUGUAUGACAUUUAUAAAUUGAAGAACACAGCAACACACAGACACAUACACAAACACACAUAUAGCAAGGAAGUAACACGAGUCACCAUCUAGUCAUUUUAGCGAUGAUUAGAUGACAGAAAUAUUACAUAGAAUUACUGAUUUCCCACAUUUUUGCGGGCAACGUGAGACUGUAGGUAAUAUAUUACAAAAUCCGAUAGAAUUUUCCCGGAAUGUUUCCAUAGUUGAAGAUGCGAUGAACUUGCAGCCACGCUAGAAACCAACACUCAAAAAUGUUUGCACCUUUCUGUCCCACUCAUUCUUCUUGUUGAACGAUGCGGUCCAACGAAUUUGAUCAACGCAGGCCAUUUGUUGUUCAUUUUUCAUAGGGAUGAUUGGCAAGAGUUGUGAACAAGACAUGUUAGGCGCCUUCAUCGCACUGUGAAACCCUGAAUUAACGACGGGAAAAGCCUACCGGAAACACAAGUUAUCAUCAGCCACAACUUCACAAAUAACAAUCUAAACAAAACUAGUUACACAUUUGGUCUUAUUAUUAGUUAAAGUUUAGAAAUAUUUACUAAGGACAGAACAAUUUAGAUAACAAACCGCGAAAACGUAGAAAAUAUCGAAGAAAAAUAAAGUCUAGGCACAAGGAUAGAUAGUAACUUACGUACUUAAUUAAUUAGAGUGGGGGCGGUGAUAGUUCGGAAAUGGGAAGCGAAUUUGUUUAGUUGUUUCUUGCUGAAAUAGAGGUUCAAGAGAGACGUUCAAGAGAAACGAAUCAAAGUUCCAAGUUAACCACAUUUCAUAUAUGUAUUACAAUUAUAAGGCACCCGUUGAUUUUCCACAUUUCAGUCAGAAAGGUUUGUGUUUGAAAGAUCGAACGGAAAAACAAAAAGACCAAUUCAUAUUCUUUCAUUUACCUCCUCAACCAAAUAGCUUACCCAAAAAUGCGAGCAAUCGAUUCCGCUGUCCGAAACGUCACCGCCAACGCUUGACAAGCAAAUGAUUCCGAUAAUAAUUACUGAACUUUCACCCUUUACUACGCCAACCAUGGAGUUAACCCGAGUAAAUCCGAAAACCCUGAAAACAUUUCCGCGAAAGAAGCCGUUCAUAGUUUUGCACGUGGCUCCUCUUUCGCCAGCCCGCAAGCAUUAAAUGAACAAAUUUCUUAUUAGUCUAGAUUGAAUCUAAUCAACGCAAACGGAUAAAAGUAAUAUAGGUAAUUAGAAAUCGCAAAAAUAUCGCCUAGCACUACUUUUUAUAUAAAAACCUUCAGAAAUGAGGCUAUAGUUGGAUAGCCCCAACGAAAAAAAAAAGUCGAAGUCUAAUCUGCUAUUUUUUCCCACUUGUAAACUAUUUAACAUAGCUUUAUCAGAUACAGGAACAAUUUUCAUUUUGAAUUGAAUAAAAAAUCGUUUUGAGUUCUAUACAUUGAAUUUUAAGGUUGAUAUCGAUUAGCUCGUAUUGAAUGUUACUUUUGUGUUAAUUGUUUAUAUACUAGUAGACUACAUUCAAGAUAACCGUUUGGUUCUUAGGUAAUUUCCCAACUUUUGAAAUUGCCGUAACUUAACAAUUAAAUAGUUUGAUAAAAUUAGAUAACGGUGUACCGUAUUUUUGCGAAAGUUAAUUGUUCUGUACAGUUAUCUACUUUAUCUUAUUCUAAAAAAUGGUGAUUCUUAAGUUCUUAUAGUCACACUGCCAUGAUAUUAAUCCUUUACAAGAAUUUUCAACGCAAAGCGAAGGAAAUCUCAGGAACAUGUUAUAAGUUUUCGAUGCAAAACGGCGGUUUGGGUAACCUUGUAAAUUUCGUUCGCCAGUCGAUAAUGAUUCAGUGAUCUCUUGUUUAACGUUAGUACCUAGUAGUUUUGCGAUAUAAUCGUAUUGUUAGAAAGCUUAUCUUCAUGAAUCGAGUUUGUUGAAUGGAACCAAUAUUUCUGCCUGUAAAACAACACAAACAAUAGUAUAGUUAUCAUACAAAAAAACAACAAUCGUACGUAACAGUAUAUUACAAAACAAUUCUUUGUUUUACUAUCAAGAAACGACAGAAAAUAAAAUGAAGCUUUUUUGAAGUAAUUGAAA